AUGAGGCUCUCAUCCCUUGCCUGGGGCUUGCUCCUUGGGGCUGCUGCCCGGGUCGCCGCCGAAGACGACUUCGAAGACGAUGAACCACCGGAGGAUAAGUCCCUGGAGACGACCACCUUUGAUGGUAUCAAGGUCCCUCCGAUGCUCGAGCUCACGCCCGACAACUUCGAGACAGAAAUCAAGAAGUCAAAAUACAUGCUAGUCAAGCACUACAGUCCAUACUGCCCACAUUGCCAGGAUUUUGCGCCAAUCUAUCGUACACUGUACGAGUUCUACUACACCGAUCCCGCGCCAGGCCCCGGCAAAUCGUUCGAAGAAUACUAUGACUGGCGCUUUGCAAUGAUAAAUUGUGUCGCAUUCUACGAUCUAUGCGCUGGGAAUGGAGUUCAGUCCUACCCAACAUCAAUGCUGUUCGUAAACGGUGUGAAGAGCGACAGUUACAGAGGCGUUAAGAGCCUCAAAUUCUUGACCGACGCCAUCGAACCCGUGCUCGAGCGCGAGAGACCCGGAUCCCGACCCACGACGCUGCUGCUUCCCGAACCCCUCGGCACGGCUCGCCCGAAGCCAGCUGACGAUUCAAAGCUGGCUUCUGUUCCCAAGCCCGAUGCCCAGCCGCAGAUAGAGCUUAGGGAGCCAGCUAAGGGUGGUGCUGCAGCGGCAGCUCCUGUAGCUCCAGCAGCUCCAGCGAUCGAAGAGCUGGGUUCUCUGAAGGCGGACAAGCCCAAGGCCGCAGCUCCCGCGAAAGUCGAGCCAGAGAAACCGGCGAAGCCCACCAAGACUCCGAACCCAAACGGCGCUUCUGUUCCGCUGACGGCGGAAAGCUUCCAAACGAUGGUCACAAUGACCCAUGAACCAUGGUUCAUUAAGUUCUAUGCCCCAUGGUGCCAUCACUGCCAGGCUAUGGCGCCAAACUGGCAGCAGCUUGCUAAAGAAAUGAAGGGCAAGCUCAAUAUUGGCGAGGUCAACUGCGAAGCAGAAAAGCGCCUUUGCAAGGAUGCGCGUCUCCGCGGAUAUCCGACCAUCCUCUUCUUCAGGGGUGGUGAGCGAGUAGAAUAUGAGGGUCUUCGAGGCAUUGGUGACUUCGUUCACUAUGCUGAGAAGGCGAUCGACCUCUCGAACGGCGUUCGCGAUGUUGAUGCCGAAUCUCUCGCGGCUAUGGAGGAGAAGGAAGAUGUCAUCUUUAUUUACUUCUACGACCACGCGACCACAAGCGAGGACUUCGCGGCUCUCGAACGGUUGCCUCUCAGCCUCAUUGGCAGGGCCAAGCUAGUCAAGACCAAGGAUCCUAAGCUGUACGAGAGGUAUAAGAUCACGACCUGGCCGCGGCUUAUCAUUUCCCGGGAAGGAAGACCAACCUACUACAAUCCUCUCACGCCAAAUGAGAUGCGGAAUACUCGCCAGGUGCUUGAGUGGAUGAAGUCGGUCUGGCUGCCUCUUAUCCCAGAGCUUACCGCAUCGAAUGCUCGUGAAAUUAUGGAUGGCAAGAUAGUGGUUCUGGGCAUCCUCAAUAGGGAAGACCAGGAAUCAUUUUCCAGUGCUAUCAGAGAAAUGAAGAGUGCGGCUACUGAGUGGAUGGACAAGCAAAUUCAACUCUUCCAGUUAGAACGUCAGGAGCUUCGUGAUGCGAAGCAAUUGCGGAUCGAGGAAGCCGAGGAUCGUGGGGACCAGAGAGCGCUCCGAGCUGCCAAAAGCCAACAGGUGAACAUGAACCGAGCAGAUCGGAAAGAGGUUGCAUUCGCGUGGGUCGAUGGGGCAUUCUGGCAGAGGUGGAUCCGCACCACAUAUGGUAUCGACGUGAAAGAUGGCGAAAGGGUCAUCAUCAAUGAUGAAGACAAUCGCCGUUAUUGGGACCAAACCAGCACGGGCAACUACAUUGUCCCGUCUCGCACCUCGAUCUUGGAGACUCUCAACAAGGUCACCGCGCAGCCUCCAAAGCUCAAGCCGAAGCUGACCAUCUCGAGCUUCGAGAAGAUCUUCUUCGACAUGCGGGUCACUUUCUCUGAGCACCCCUAUCUUACUCUUGGCUGUAUCUUUGGUCUGAUCCUUGGCUCUGUAUCAUGGUUCCGAGGUCGUCACAGGAGGAGAAGCGGUCGACCAUUCCUAAGCGAGGACUUCAAAGCACCUCUUCUCGGCUCCAACAUCAACGGUAAGACGGACUGA